CUGCCUGCUUUUGCCAUCCAACUCUGUCUUUUGGAACCUACAAGGAUCCCUCCCAUUACUACCGGAUCAGGGCAACACCUUAUUCCUGUGCUUCCCCCUACACUCCCUACUGGUGUUUCUGAUUGUAUUUCAGGAGAGUCGAUUCAUAAUUCUAACCAAGAACUUCAGAGAAAAAAUUGGCACGAAUCACAGUAUUUCGUAUCAGUUGAGCCAUCCAGAAUCGCUUCAGAAGAGGUCUCAAAUAUUCCUGCUUCGGAAAACUCAUUAACUUUACUCGGUGUCAAACUGGCGGAUCAAGUUUCACCACCGAAUUUAAUAGCAAUCACCAAUACUGCAACUACAGUCACAACAGCUUUUUCCAAGUCUCACGUAAGUCUUAAUAAGUUCGUUUUAAAGCAUAUUUUUUGUGUAUCCUGUUGA